UGUUUUAUGGCAACAUUAAACACGAAGAUUCCUUUCAACCGUGUGCCGGUUUCGUCAGUUAUUUAGCUCUCAAUUUUUGUAUUUUAUUGGUUUUUUCUUGAGUUUUAACACUAAACAAUACACCAAAAUGCACGCUGAAACUACAUUAACACUUAUACAAAUACUUGAAAAGACUAUAUCGCCUGAUAGAAAUGAAUUGGAAGCUGCUGAAAAAUACCUCAACCAUGCAGCAGCUACAGACUUCACCACCUUCAUCAAGAUGCUAUCUGAUGUGCUGGUGCAGGGCGGCAACAGCCAGGUGGCCAGGAUGGCUGCUGGGUUACAGCUUAAAAAUCAUCUAACAUCUAAGGACAUCACACUAAAACAGCAAUACCAACAAAGAUGGCUAGCAUUACCUGAAGACAUAAGACUUUAUAUUAAGAAAAAUAUUCUGUCAGCUAUUGGCACAGAGAACAGCCGGCCGAGUUCUGCGGCGCAGUGUGUCGCCUAUGUGGCCGUGGCAGAGCUACCAGUGGGCCAGUGGAAUGAUCUCAUCCCAAUGCUUGUAGAAAAUGUUGUCAAUGGACAGUCAACUGAACUUAAAAAAGAAGCUACUCUUGAAGCUAUUGGCUACAUUUGCCAGGAGAUAGAUGCUGAAGUUCUAACAGAGCAGAGCAAUCCAAUCCUCACGGCCAUCAUCCACGGAAUGAGAUCAACAGAACCCAGCAACUAUGUCCGUUUAGCUGCCACACAAGCUCUGCACAACUCUCUAGAGUUCACCAAAGCAAACUUUGACAAGGAAAACGAAAGGAAUUUCAUAAUGGAAGUAGUCUGUGAAGCCACUCAGUCCACCGACAUGAGGAUCAGUGUAGCAGCUCUUCAAUGCUUAGUCAAAAUACUGUCACUGUACUAUCAAUACAUGGAGCCUUAUAUGGGUCAAGCCCUUUUCCCUAUAACAUUAGAAGCUAUGAAGUCUGAUAUUGAUGAAAUAUCUCUACAAGGUAUUGAGUUCUGGUCAAACGUCAGCGAUGAAGAAAUUGAUUUAGCUAUUGAAGAGGCUGAGGCUGGAGAAGCAGGUCGGCCACCAGUUAGAACAUCCAGGUACUAUGCAAGAGGAGCCCUACAAUACCUGGCGCCAGUGCUCAUGCAGAAACUAACUAAACAAGAUGAUAGUGAUGAUGAACUAGAAUGGAAUCCUUCUAAAGCAGCAUCUGUUUGCCUGAUGCUCCUAUCUAACUGCUGUGAAGAUGACAUUGUACCACAUGUUUUGCCCUUCAUCAACUCAAACAUCAAAAACGAAAACUGGCGCUAUAGGGAAGCUGCUCUGAUGGCAUUUGGCUCAAUCUUAGGAGGUCUUGAAGCAAAUACUCUGAAACCAUUAGUAGAAAAGGCAAUGCCCACAUUAAUCGAAGCCAUGUACGACUCAAGCGUAGCCGUGAGAGAUACAGCCGCCUGGACCUUUGGCAGAAUUUGUGAAAUAGUCCCUGAGGCUGCCAUCAACGAGACUUAUCUGAAGCCACUUCUGGAAAGUCUGGUGAACGGGCUGAAGGCGGAGCCGCGCGUGGCGGCCAACGUGUGCUGGGCGUUCACGGGGCUGGCGGAGGCGGCGUACGAGGCGGCCGACAGCGGCGAGUCCGGCCAGCCCGCCACCUACUGCAUGUCCAACUACUUCGACUUCAUCAUCCAGCGCCUGCUCGAGACCACGGACCGGCAGGACGCGGCGCAGCACAACCUGCGCUCGGCCGCCUACGAGGCGCUCAUGGAGAUGGUGAAGAACUCGCCGGCCGACUGCUACGUCACGGUGCAGAAGACCACGAUGGUGAUCCUGGAGCGGCUGCAGCAAGUGUUGCAGAUGGAGAACCACAUCUCGAACCAGGCGGACCGCUCGCAGUUCAACGACCUGCAGAGCCUGCUGUGCGCCACGCUGCAGUCCGUGCUGCGCAAGGUCACGGCCGAGGACGCGCCGCAGAUCUCGGACGCCAUCAUGACGGCGCUGCUCACCAUGUUCGCCGGCAACGCGGGCAAGGCGGGCGGCGUGCAGGAGGACGCGCUCAUGGCCGUGUCCACGCUGGUCGAGGUGCUCGGAGAGAACUUCCUCAAGUACAUGGACGCCUUCAAGCGCUACCUGUACGUGGGGCUCAAGAACCACCAGGAGUACCAGGUCUGCAUCGCCGCUGUCGGGCUCACCGGGGAUAUCUGCCGGGCGCUGAAAAGCAAGGUGCUACCGUAUUGUGAUGAAAUUAUCGUUUUAUUAUUGGAAAACCUGGGAGACCCAUCCAUUCAUCGUUCAGUUAAGCCUCAGAUCUUGUCAGUAUUUGGAGAUAUUGCACUCAGUAUUGGACCCGACUUCGCCAAGUAUUUCGACGUUGUGAUGCAAAUGUUACUGCAGGCGAGCAACGCGCAAGUGGACCGCAACGACUACGACAUGGUGGAGUACCUGGGCGAGCUGCGCGAGAGCGUGCUCGAGGCCUACACCGGCAUCAUACAGGGACUCAAGGGCUCCACGGGAGAGGUGCGAGCGGACGUGGCGCUGGUGGAGCCGCACGUGCCGGCCAUCGUGAACUUCAUGAUCCAGGUGGCGUGCGAGCCGGAGCGCACCGACGGACACAUGUCCGUCAUCGCCGGCCUCACCGGGGACCUGUGCACGGUGUUCGGCACCCGCGUGCUGCCGCUGAUCGAGACCCGCCCCCUCCUGGACCUGCUGCAGGCGGCGCGGCGCUCGCGCACGCCGCGCACGAAGGUGCUGGCCAACUGGGCCACCAAGGAGAUCCGCAAGCUCAAGCAGCAGGCGCCGCUCGCCAGCUGAUUUGUGUCGCUGCGCGGCGACAGCGUCCCGGCCGGCGCCGCCUGCGGCUGGUAGCGGCGGCGGCACCUCUCACAUUAUGUAUCAGUUGUUAGGUGCAUUAGUUUACACACCAUUUUUAUUUUACUUUGUUAUUUUUAUAUGUAAUGUAGUAUAGUUAAUUAUUAUUAUUUGCAUAUUCUGUUUAAAUUAUCUUUUCAUCUAGCUACUUAUUGUAACUAGACUUUAUUAAACUGGAUUAAAAAUCGGAUCACAGAGUGAUUUCUACAUUGAGAUGUGGCCAAAACUGAUGCACCUAUCACAUAGCAUUCUUGAAUAAUUUAAGUAUGCGUAUGCCUGACCAUAAUCUUUCCAUAUAUAUCGUAAAAAGCAGCUGAAGCAUUUUCCUAUUUGGUAUUAUAAAUACAGACAGUGGCUGUGGUAUCUUUACAUGAGAUAAGGUGAUAGUUAGUCUGAAAGUGAGCCUGAAUGACAGGGAUCGAAUGUUAUAAUAGGCAUGCACAUUUGCAAGGUGAUUUUUGAAUUUUAUAAAUAUUAAUUAUGUUUUGUAAGUUGCCUGAAAGGUAGUAUGAAUGAGGAGGAGUGUACGUGAGUCUGCGUGGCUGAAUGUGAUCAGUGGUAUUUUGUAAACUUAGACUUAUUGUGUCAGUCGCGAGAUGGCGCGCGAGUCGCGCCGACGUUGAUGGAGGCUGGAGGACGCCAUAUUGGUGCAACGCUUUUUGGACAUCACAUUCUGUAGCCAGCUGUGGUCGCCUAUAAAACAUACCUACUGUAAAUAAUAUAUUUUGUAAAGUACCCCAUUAAAAUAGUACAGAACACUUUACUAACUUCUCAAUCAGCUAUCUACAGUUGUGAUGGUUAAAAAGGAUGCCUUCAGUGCUCGAAAAAAUAUUUACAUUAUUUGUACAUAUGUAAUUAAAAGACUUUCUUUUACGUCUUCGUGACAAAGCGUCCUUAACAAUUAAAUUUGAAAUCUUGAAAGUCUGAGGAAUGUUUGUUAUCGUUUUGUUGUUUUUGUUUUUAUACAUGUAAAAGCGCUUGAAUCUCCAAUUACACAAACGUUUUGUAAUAAUGUAACCUGCCAUUAGUGUCUUGAAAUAUGAAGAUUCUAAACUUGAAUUAAACAAAACAUGAAGUUGUACAUUAAAUUUCAAGCCAAUGUAAUACUCUGAAAAUUUAUUGCUGGACAAUAAUUUUUCGAAUGUACCUAGUUCUAAAGUUAAUAAUGAUUUGCAAACAAACCUUAUGUUUCGAUAGUUAAAUUAAACCAAUACCUUUGAACACUUGAAGAUGAAUAAAUGCAAUUAAUAAGAGUAUCGUAGCGCUAAUGUAUCUAUUACUUAAGGAUAAUUGAGUGUUUGCUAGUCUGCUCGCAGCACUGACAGGGGAUGAUGUAUGCAAGGAUUGUGCAAGACAAGAAGAUUAAUACUACAUAUCCAACAUGCUUACUUUGCUCAGAACUAUUGUUAUAAUGUAUGAUAGGAGAAUGUGUGAGGACUAGUGCCAUGCCGUGAAAGGUUCUCAAAUUAGAAUCGUAGAGGCAUUGAGUCAAUGAAUACCACCCACUUUUCCUGCAAUAUCUAAAAUAUUUUUGUCAAAUUUUUCGUUAUGUUUUAAACUGUAACCACUUCUGUAACUGUUCCAUAAUAAUAAAACAUUUAGUGACUUCA